ACUUGGAACGGUGUGGAAUCCACACAGACUCGCAUAUUCGCUACUUUCCAUUAUUUCAAGGAAUAUUAUUAACAAAAGUUGUCAUACAUGUUUGUGGUUUUUGCCGUUACCCAGAACGUGUCAGGAAGUGUCUAGGGAACUUGUUGAAACCCUUCGCGAUUGAAUGCUCGGGCAAUGCGCCAAAAGUGUCGAGGACAAAAAUAUGUCAAUCUUCAGUGAUUUGCGGUCCGCCUUAGUUCGAGUUGUUUAUGAAAAAGUGCUCGCAAUCUUGGGUUAAGGCUCAAAAAAAGUAGAGUGAAAAAGUGUCUUGGGCAUUGUUUAAGAGUGAAACUAAUCCCCUCUCAAGCUCCGUUUGACCUCAGGGUGCUUUUAGAGAACCCUAGUGUGCGAUCCCUGGUUAGAACUAUUUUUGUCCAGCUAAAAGGGUCCCGUGAGGUCGUGGCCAACCCUCCAUCCCUUCUCAAACACCCUCCAGGAAGUGGAGGAAGGACAAGAGGGCCACUUAAGAAGCGCCACCAGAAUCAUCAUCCCCUAUCAAGGAUCUCCGGGCUAUUAUCGUCCGGAGUUCCCGUUCAAUUCCUCGUCUUCUCGUAUUUCCUUCUUACUUCCCUACGAGAAAUACUACAUACCAAGGUAGCCAGGCGGUCUCCUAACUCUUCUGUCUUUAUCUACUUAAAAGCUUGAAAGGAAAUCGCCAUCCUUGGGGCCAAAAGGACAAUUUCUCUUCUAUUGGAACCCUUGGUGGUAAUUGAAAGUGCAGAAAAAGAGUCUGUUGUCCGGAAUUGGCCGGAAAGAAAGAACCAAGUCGGACCCUACAAACUCGAGAACCAGAGUGGUUGCUGGCUGGCCUCUUAACGUACUUGUGACACACUCACCACGCGCCCACCGAGCAAGACGGCUCAUUGCGUGUAAUUGAGACCCAAUUUAUUGAGUGUUGGUGCAUCUGUUGUGGCAUCUGGUCCAGAGAGAGAGGCACAUUCCAACCCGAAAAAAAUGACAUCAACCCUUGCGUCGACUCCAGGUUUGAUUCUGCUCUGUCUUCUGGGAAUCCCCUCGGCCAGUCUCGUGGAACAAGAUCCUCAGGCUGAGGAUUUGAUGGAGUCAAGCAACUUCCAGUUCUCAGCCUCGGCAGCUGCUAUCUUGCCCAAUGGGUUUGGACUCACCACGCCUCCGUCCAAACCCUCGAUGUCUGAGACCGAUCUGAACCCAAGGUUCCACUUGCGAGCCAUGACUCAGAAUAUCACAGCCAUUGAAGGUCGCGAAGUUCGGCUCGAGUGUGCGGUGUACAAUCUGGGAAAUAAAACGGUGUCCUGGCUUCGAGAUGAGAACUUGAACAUCAUUAGCUCUGGUCGGUAUACGUACACCUCAGAUCAGCGCUUUCAAGCUCUGCACGAGGAGGAUUACACUCACUUGGAUCGCGAUGAGACCUUGGAACAUUGGAUCCUGCAGAUUCGCAACGCUCAAAUGGAAGAUGAAGGCCGCUACGAGUGCCAGAUUAGUACCCAACCCAUCACAUCAUAUCACUUCUACCUCAAAGUUGUGGCUCCCGCCACUCCCAUCCGGGUUCUGGGUAGUGUGCCCGUGGCCACGAUCCUCGGGAAACCCGAGAUGUUCGUCGAUGUGGGAAGCACCAUCAACAUCACCUGUAUCGUUCAACACACACCUGGACCACCGAGUAUCGUGCAAUGGCAACACAAUGGGCAUCCCAUUGAUUACACCUCAACCCGCGGUGGCGUGAGUGUGCUCACCAACAAAGCCGCUACCACGGUGAGCUCUUUGAUUAUCCAGCAAGCUCGAACCGAGGAUGGAGGCACUUACACUUGUCGAGCAGGUGAUCUGGUCACUCCUUCCAACGUCAAGGUUCACGUCAUCCAUGGAGAUAAUUACCAAUCCCUCCACACGAAUUCAGCCCAUCGCUCUUGGCCGUCGACCCCAGUAAUCUGGAUCUGUUUCUCAUUGGCCUUGGGACAUAUCAUGUGAAAAAGUUGUCCGAUUGAGACGUUCCAAGUUUCUCCAAGUUCCCACGUGAUUGAUGGAACUUGAAAGACCAUCCCUCGAUUUGAACCCAAGAACCAAAUGAGGUAUCCUCGGUUUGGCGCUACAUGCCAGUAUUAUCGAAAUCCAAUUUCAUUUUUGAAUGUUUAUCCAUGCCAUGAAAUAUGUAUUUGUCACCCAAUCACUAUUCUUUGUUUACUCCAUGAAAUAUAACGUACUAGGAAGA